AUGGGUGCAGCGCAGGCGAUGAAGAGAAUACCCCGCAUCAAAUUUCCUCAGAGACAUCCAAAACCCUCUGGUUCCACAUCUCAGCAUCACGUGGGUAAUGAUGCUCCUCAAUCUUUUUUCUCAAGGUCUACCUCAUCCAACAUGACUGUGGGAGGAAAAGCUUCGCUUCAGCCCAAAAGGACACCAGUGUCUCAAGAGGAGAUUGACGCAAUUUUGUAUGGUGGGUGUCUCUAACUUUUAAUGGAGCCCUGUGGGUGAGGAAGCCAUUCAACAAUUCUUUAGGUUUCAAUUUCAUCUUGGGCAAAGUUACAAGCCCACUUUCUAGAAAAAGAUGUAUUGUUCAGAGAUUAUGACGGGAUGAUCAACAGUUGAGGAGUUUAAUUAUUUGACUAAAACACAGAUAGGGAGAUGAAGGACUGCAUAAGAUCGAUCAUCCUGGAAAUGCUUGACCAGAGAUUUGUUUUCCUCCAUUUGAGAAAUUUCUUGAUUUCCCGUAAGUUGUAUUGAAGAUGCCUGGAGUUGUAAUACUAUGUUCUAAACUGGGAUUGCGUGAUUAGAAGGUGUGCUUAUAUCACUAGGAUUCAACCCAAAACUUUGGUGGCUGGGAAAAAAUCAGUAGAUUGGUGUGAUUGGGUGGGUCGUGUGUUGGAUCAAAAUUGGCAAAUCUUGCUUAGAAUGGUGACCUUAUAUUGUGCAGUCGGAUAGUCACAAAAUCACAGUUACGCUGAUUCAACAAUAUGGAUC